CGUCUGUUUUCUGUUUGAGAAUAUCCAACAUACACCCUAUCUGCCAUUAAGAUGCUAUAAACUCAUUUAAACAUCGAUCAGUGUUGAAUAAAAUAAUUGAACCAAAACAUAUUUUGCUUUCAGCGAAAAAGUCAAAGUUCAACGGACCGUCAAAGAAGACAUUUGACGAAAUGCUAGCUGAGAAGCUGCAACCGUAUUACGAUGAGUUUGAAGAGUUUAUGAUCGAAAUAGCAGAGAAAUGUUCUAGAGAGAUAAUGAUGGAUUUCAUUCAGGAAGGAGAUGAUGGAGUUGUUAUUGGGGAACCGAGUCUCGCGCCAAAGAAAAGAAAGUACUAUGGUGAAAAUUUCAGUGGCACAAAACAAGAUUGUGGACUGUUUGAAUCAAAAAUUCCCAUGCCUGCAAUAGAAAACCAACGACGCCAACCAAGUAUUUGCCUUUCAACAAAACCAGAGAGCACUCAAAAUACCAGAUUGCCUCCAAUUGCGACCAACCAAUAUACCGCUCCUGUCCCACCAACAGGGCAAAGACCAAUUACUGCUCGGCCAACACAACGCCAAACAGCCAGGCCAAGACCUGUUCAAGCACCUCGAUCAACUGAUCAUCUCGCACCAACCCCACCAGAGAACAGUGCUCCUACACGGGUAUCCAUCCAAGCUCGCAGGUUGAAACAUCAACAGGACCAGCAGCGAACUAAAGCACAGAAACUGGAAGACAGGAUGCGCCGCGCAGAAGCAAAUCAUAAGCGUGCGAUCGCAGAAAAACGGGGAAGAGCCCAACACAGUUUGGAUUAUUGGGCAGCUGGACAAGCUCGAAACCUGGAAAUACAUAAGAAUGAUAGUGAUGCCUCGUAUGAAAAAGCAAGAGCCAGAUUAAGCGAUGCAGCAAAGAGAGUUAGAUAA